AACCAAAUCUCAAUCUCUGUAAUUUAAAAAGUAAGAUCAGAUUACUAAUCAUGGAUCAGACUCUUACACACACCGGAUCGAAGAAGGCUUGUGUUAUCGGUGGCACGGGAAACUUGGCCUCUAUUCUCAUCAAGCAUUUGCUUCAAAGUGGCUACAAAGUUAACACUACAGUUAGAGAUCCAGAAAACGAGAAGAAAAUAGCUCACCUUAGGCAACUUCAAGAACUUGGCGACCUCAAGAUCUUCAAGGCAGAUUUGACUGAUGAAGAGAGUUUCGAUUCCUCAUUUUUGGGCUGUGAAUACAUCUUCCAUGUAGCAACGCCCAUCAACUUUAAAUCCGAAGAUCCCGAGGAAGACAUGAUCAAGCCGGCAAUACAAGGAGUAAUCAAUGUGUUGAAAUCUUGCUUAAAAUCGAAAUCAGUCAAACGUGUGAUCUACACAUCUUCAGCUGCUGCUGUUUCCAUCAACAAUGAUUCUGGAACUGGACUCGUGAUGAAUGAGGAAAACUGGACUGACAUUGAAUUUCUCAGAGAGGAGAAGCCUUUUAACUGGGGUUACCCAAUCUCGAAGAUGUUAGCAGAAAAGACAGCUUGGGAAUUUGCGGAAGAGAAUAAGAUUGAUCUCGUUACCGUGAUUCCGGCACUUAUUGCCGGAAACUCUCUCCUCUCCGAUCCUCCGAGCAGUUUAUCUCUCUCAAUGUCUUUAAUCACCGGGAAAGAAAUGCAUGUGACCGGUCUUAAGGAAAUGCAGAAGCUAUCUGGAUCGAUCUCGUUCGUUCACGUAGACGAUUUAGCUCGUGCCCAUUUGUUUCUUGCGGAGAAAGAAACAGCUUCUGGUCGUUACAUAUGCUGUGCUUACAACACAAGUGUUCCAGAGAUUGCGGAUCUUCUCAUACAGAGAUAUCCUAAGUACAAUGUGUUGUCAGAAUUCGAAGAGGGCUUGUUGAUUCCCAAAUUGAUACUAUCUUCGGAAAAACUUAUCAAUGAAGGCUUUCGAUUCGAAUAUGGGAUCAAUGAGAUGUAUGAUCAGAUGAUAGAGUACUUCGAGUCCAAAGGAUUGAUCAAAGCUAAAGAAAUUUGAUUUUUAUUAUGUAAACGGAUUCUAGCUAAGAGUAUAUGAGUCUUUGGUCUCAUUCUCAUUCUAUAAAAUGGUUUUGAAUAAUAUGUUGGUUGAUUUUAUGUCUUUUGAUACAUAAAUAUUGCAUACCUUU